AACACAACACCACCACCACCACUAGAGCAUGAGCCAGUUUUCAUGUAAUUUGGUGGAUUAGAGAGGCCUGGAAGUUGCUAGAGAGACAGAGAGGGAGAAGAGAGAGAGAGAAAGGCGCCAUGGCUCAGUUGGUAGAUAAGGCAAAGAGUUUUGUGGCAGACAAGGUUGCUCAUAUUAAGAAACCGGAAGCUGAGCUUACAGGAGUCUCUUUCAAGGAAGUUAACAGGGACUCGGCCACUUUUCAUGGUGCCGUCUCCAUAACUAAUCCUUACUCUCAUGAUCUCCCCAUCUGUGAGAUCUCUUAUACUCUGAAGAGUGCAAACAGAGUGAUUGCAUCGGGUAAAAUCCCGGAACCGGGGCCGAUAACAGCGAAAUUGUCGACGACCAUUGAUAUUCCAGUGGAAGUGCCUUACAAUUUCUUAGUGAGUUUAGCCAAGGAUAUAGGCAGGGAUUGGGACUUGGACUAUGAAUGGAAUGUGGGUCUCACCAUGCACAUCCCCAUUAUUGGGAAAUUCACUUUGCCACUCUCUAAGAAGGGAGAAUUGAAGUUACCUACACUGUCUGAUAUAUUUUGAGGAAUCAUAAGUUGCUGCAUUUUUUGCUCUUUGUUUUAAGUUCACUUGUUCUCCUAAAGUUUGUAAUUGAACCCUUGUCGUGAUCUAGACUAGAAUGAGGUCUGCUAGUUUGUAGGGUUGUUUCUUGUUGUGCUAAGUGUGUACGUAACCAGAGUUAAAAUGGAUGGUAUGUAUUUUAUUUGGCUUUUUGAAGUAUUUUGAGUUGGUACA